AUGUUCUCCUCACAGAAACGCGACGACCAGGCGUCGUAUCCCGCCGUUCCGCACUCUUUACGCUCUGAUCCAUACGAGACUCUGGAUCAUCCGCGAAACCCCGGCGCUCGUCCCGUUGCCUACUCUCAAAUCACCCCGUACCUCGGUAUCCGGGCCAGGAUGUCUCAAAUAUGGAUCAAUCGCUGGACCAUCCUUCUUCUCCUCGUCCUGCUCCGCGUUGUCAUCCUGAUUGCGCAGCUCAAGGACAACGUCGGGGACGCCAAGACAAAGGCACUCUCCGCUUGCAGCAAGGUUGAAGAUGUCGGAAGUGCCAUGGCCUCCAUGCCUCACUACUUGUCCGUUGGCGUUAAUUCAAUGGCCGCCAAAGGUAUGCAGGAGGCUGUGCACGGAAUGGCCAAGAUGCUGGAUCUCAUCAUGCAAGCCGUUCCUGCAAUGAUUGUUUUCUACAUCAAUUUCUUGGUCGCCACCUACGCUUGUCUCAUCACUGCCAUGGUCCACGGCAGUUUGGACGUCGUGGCCUCUGUCACCAAAGAUGCCACGAAGGCCUUCAACGACGUCAUUGAUGGUGCUACCAAAGAAAUCCAAGAUAUCUCUGGUGACUUGGAAAGUGGCAUCAACAAGAUCACAAAAUCAAUUCAAAACUCUGUCUUUGGAAAGCUGAUUCCCGACAUCCCCAAGGUCGACUUCUCGAAGCCAGUCGACAAGCUCAAGGGAUUCGAUCUCAACUCGGACGAAUUCGUCAAGGACGUUCAAAAGCUCAACAAAGAUCUGCCCACCUUUGAGGAAGUCCAAAACCUGACCAGCCAAGCUGUCUCAUUUCCGUUCAAACUUGUCCGCGAGGCCCUCAACGAAACAUAUGGAAAUUGGACUUUCAAAAAAGACGUCUUUCCAUUAGCCCAAAAGAAGAAAAUGACAUUCUGCUCUGACAACGACACACUGAGCAACUUCUUCCAGAAGCUAUUUGAUCUUAUCCACAAAGCAAGAAUCAUUUUCCUGGUAGUUCUUAGCCUCCUCGCCGUUCUCGCCAUCGCCCCCAUGGCUGCGUUUGAGAUGUACCGAUGGAGACGGCAGCAGAAACAUUCUGAGCUUAUCGAAAAGAACCAAUUCGAUCCCAUGGAUGUAAUCUAUAUUGCAUCGCGUCCCCUCACUUCCAGAGUCGGUAUCAAGUUUGGUUCGCGUCUCAGGGGAGACAGAAAGGUCCUGAUGAGAUGGUGUGUCGCUUAUGCUACCUCACCUCCGGCUCUUUUCGUUCUUUCGCUUGCUGUUGCUGGGUUCUUUUCUUGCUUCUGCCAGUGGAUCCUGCUCAAGGCUGUGCAAAAGGAAGUCCCUGAGAUAACAGAAAAGGUUGGUGCUUUCGCUGAAAAUGUGGUCAAGUCUCUGGAGCAGGUAUCUGUAGAUUGGGCCAACGACGCGAACGGCGUUGUCAUCGGUUUCAACGAUGACAUCAACAAGGACGUACUGGGAUACGUGACGAAUGCCACCGAUGCCGUCAACAGCACUAUCAACACCUUCAUGGACACCAUGGAGAAGGGCCUGGAGACUGUUUUCAAUGGCACAAUUCUCCUAGACCCAAUCAAGUCCGUCCUACACUGUGUUAUUGGCAUCAAGAUUGAAAACGUCCAGAAAGGCUUGACAUGGGUACAUGACCAUGCACACGUCGACUUUCCCCGAUUUCCCAACGACACAUUCAGUCAGGGUGCCAACGAUUCCAUUUCUGGGGAUUCCGACCUUAACACCUUCCUUUCAUCGCCGUCCUCUGUGACUACAGAUGAAGUGAGCGGUGCAAUCAAGCAUGUGGUCAACUGGCUGCUCAACAACAUCAUUCAGGAAGCGCUCAUUUCGACCGGCAUUUUGCUAGUUUACAUCAUUGUUGUCCUACUUGGUGUCGUUCGCACACUGGCGGGCAUGGCGUCUCCGGGCGCAGGAAGGCCGCAGGAAGCAAUGCGCUACACCGGCGAUGACCGACCCCCCCUGGCUCCCCGAUCACCACAAAGCAGCGGCACUGCCCAUGGCCAAUUUGGCGACUUCGGGGAUCAGGCUGCCCGGCCAAGACAUGUCCCGCUGCAAGAGAAGGGCGAGGCGCACGGGCACCACGGACAAGGCGGUACUUUCUAG